AGUGAUGAGAUCACAUACUGACAGGAAAUGGUACCGGGCAAAUGACUACAACCUCGACCCCGCCCAUUUGUGCGACUACGCCCCGCCCAGAAGACAACGGUUAUGUGCCAGAAUGUGGCCCCCGUUCCACUCUGUGACUUCGGCCUCCCUUCUUGGCCUCCUGCGUCCGGCUCUUCCUCUCAUUCUGGGACUGUCAUUGGGCUGCAGCCUCAGUCUCCUGCAUGUUUCCUUGAUCCAGGGAGACUCUGGGGAACAGUGUUUAGGAAAAGCUGGGAGAUUCCUGGAAGUGCAGGAAAAGUAUCCAAAGAAAUACACAGAUAACCUGAAACCCAAGAUUAUUCCUUACAGCCGGCCCCCCCAUGUCCUUCCCAGCAAAGUACUGAGGACUCGUUACAUCCAAUCAGAACUUGGAUUCAGAGAGCGCCUCUCAGUAAUUGUGCUGUCAUCUCGCUCCACUAUGAACACUCUGGCAGUUGGUGUAAACCGGACCCUGUCCCCCCAUGUCUCCCGCUUACUGUUCUUCACUGCGGCUCGUGCAUCUAAAGCCCCAGCAGGAAUGGAAGUAAUUACCCUGGGAGAUGAGCGCCCUGCUUGGCUGAUGUAUCACACCCUGCGCUAUAUGCAAACUCAUCUGCUCUCUGGCUACGACUGGUUCUUUAUCACUCAGGAUGACUCUUACACUAACGGCUAUCGACUUCAGGACUUGGUUGCCCACCUCAGUCCUGCUCCCCCCACCUAUUUGGGUCGGCCAAUGGAGUUCAUCGGGGGGCAAGAUGGCUGGCAAUAUUGUCAUGGAGGCUCCGGUUUUCUGUUGUCCCGUUCGCUGCUCCUGAGUCUGGUGCCCCAUUUGGAUUUUUGCCGUUCUGAUAUCCUGAGCCCGAGGUCUGACGAGUGGCUGGGGCGAUGCUUACAAGACUGUUUAGGACUGGCCUGUAUGCCCAAAUACCAGAACCUGCACUUCACUAGUCUGGACCUCGCCAGAAACACGAAUGUGGAGAACUUGGCAGAGGAGUCCGUGCGGGAGGCGGUCUCUGUUUAUCCAGUGAGGGACCCAGUCGUAAUGUACCAACUGCAGCGGCGGCUCAGCCAGAUUAGACUGCACAGAACAUACAGCAGAAUUCAGCAACUACAGGCAGAGAUCCGAAACCUUUCCUCUUGGACUCAGAGGGACGAUGUGUUUUGGCCAGUGGGGAUAAACCCUCCCUUCAGCCCAACAUCUCGUUUUGACCUUCUGACAUGGGAGUACUUCACAGAGACCCACACGUACUCUUGCCAUGAUGGAGCCCCCAAGUGCCUGUUGCAGGGAGUGUGGCUGCUGGAUGUGCGGCAAAUACUGGAGGAGGCUGUGGAACAACUUAAUGGCCAGUAUAACCCGUUCCUUCGGUUCCACCUGCAGCAUCUUCUCAAUGGCUACCGACGUUUUGAUCCCACUCGUGGCAUGGAGUACACUUUGGAUUUGCUGCUCCAAGUAACCACAGAGAGAGGCCAUGUUGGUGUCCUGAACAAGCGUCUCAGUCUCUUACGUCCACUGGGUCGGGUUGAAAUCCUUCCAAUGCCCUAUGUUACUGAAGCCACCCGUGCUCACUUUAUCCUACCACUGGUACCUACAGACACUGCGUAUGUUACAGGAUUCCUAGAUGCCUUCGCCACUAAUAUGUUGGAUACACAGGAAAAUGUGGCCCUCACGGUGGUGCUGGUUUAUGACUUGGGCUCUGCUGGGCACACAACAGAUGCCUUUGAAGAAGUGCGUGCAGUUUUUUCAGAGCUGGAGAGAAGAUUCUCCCACUUACAUAUAGAACAAGUCAAGGUCCGAAGCGAGAGCCCAUCCCAGGUGGGGAUCAUGGAGGUGGUUUCCAAGAAACAUCCGAGGGAAACGCUCUUUUUCCUGGUGAGCGCAUGGAGUGAAGUCACCACAGAGGCAGUGAAUCGCUGCCGGAUGAAUGCCAUAAAAGCCUGGCAGGUUUUCUCUCCUGUCCACUAUCAGGAGUUCAGCCCAGAUAUUGUGCGCCACAGCUUUGAUCCUCCAUCAUCCCCAGAUCCCCUGAAAAAUGGCCAUUUUGACCACUUCUCCUCAUCCGAAUUCUGCUUCUAUAAUUCAGACUUCAUGGCUGCCAGGCAAAAGAUGUUAUCUGAAAGGGUUGAACGAGAGGAGGAAGAGGAUGAAGAAGGUGGUUACACUGAACUUCUAGAGCUGUUCUUGCAUUUCUCAGAACUUCAUGUGUUCCGGGCUCUGGAACCAGCACUUGUCCAAAGGUUCUCUCUGAGGCCUUGCAGUUCUCACUUGUCUGGGGAUGGAUAUCACCGCUGUGUGCUUAGCAACCUGGAGUCUUUAGGCUCAAGGAGUCACCUUGCAAUGGCUCUGUUUGAGCAAGAACAGACAAACAGUACGUAAUAGGACAAACUGGCCAACUGUAAGCCAGGAGAAAUGACCAGACCUGGACCAAUACCAGUAGGUCAUGCCAGGUUUCUUCCAAAAGCUUUCAUACUGGGGAAGACCAAAGCAAUAAUGUAGGCCAACGCAAUAAGACCAGUAUGUACACAGGCCAAAACCUUCAUAAGAGCAAUGGACCCAGGGCUAUAACUCCAUGAGAGCAACGGACCCAGGGCUAUAACUCCAUGAGAGCAACGGACCAGGGGCUAUAACUCCAUGAGAGCAACGGACCCAGGGCUAUAACUCCAUGAGAGCAACGGACCCAGGGCUAUAACUCCAUGAGAGCAACGGACCCAGGGCUAUAACUCCAUGAGAGCAACGGACCCAGGGCUAUAACUCCAUGAGAGCAACGGACCCAGGGCUAUAACUCCAUGAGAGCAAUAUGCCAGGGGCUAUAACUCCAAGAGAUCAGUGUAUACUGUACAUAUGUUGUUAUAUGAGCUGUGAGUGGCACAAUACUAAGGAACCGUUAAUGCACAUUGUCUAAAAAAAAUGCCAAUUGCACUGAUGGAAAUGUGGUUCUUGCUACUGGAAAAUUAGAAAUGUACAGGAAUGUUGUCAUAGAAACAAGUGUUUCCUAAUAUAUUUGAAUGCA